GUAACAAGUUUUAAGAAGCACGUUUUCGAUGGUCAAGAAAUUCAGAUAUUUUGACUGUUACGGGUAGAAUUUAUGAUAAUAGAACUGAGAUUACAUUUGCCAGACAGCAUUUUUGUUGUAGUUGUUGUUGCAGACAGGUUUUUGGUAAUGAAUAGAUAGAUUUGUGUCCUUCGGUUGGAGUCACCAUUACAUUUUCCCCGAGAUAUCAGAAGAACGUGCCUAAUUGCAUGACGAUAAAGCCGGUAAGGGACACCAUUUAUAUAAGGGCGUUCGAGGUGCACCUGACCUCAGUUCGCUUCGUGAUUCCAUCCAGAGAAGAAAAGAUGUUCAGCAGCAAGUGGUUGAUUUUCGUGUGCUUCGCGGCCGUUUCCGCAGAGAGUGUCACCAAUGUGAGGGAUCGUCAGGCCAGGUUCUUCGGAUACAGAUACACCAGCACGGUGAUCGUGCCGAAGAUGGUCACCUCGCUGUUACCGUCGUCGUGCGUGCAAGUGGAGCCCAGUUUGCCGCCUUGCAGAAGCGUCAGGCAGUUGGACCAGUUUCCCAGAUUCUUAGGCGGAAGGGUGUACGCAGAAACGUCAGAGAACAUCAUGGAGAAGACGGGAGGCGCUGUCAACGAGGAUCAUCCGAUUGUGAUGCCCUCGGUUCAUACCACCGCGUUGGGUUGGGGCGAGUAUUUAGGAUUUUACGCUCCGACUGUGACCGUUCAAGCGGUGCAUCUUCAAACCACCACCGUUCUUGAUCCGAGAACAGUUGUGACCUUCUCGGUGAGAGGAUGCAAACCAUCCCGUUUACCAUUAGAUCUGAACCUGUGCCCGAAGAAGCAACCAGAAAUCAGACCGACGGCGACUGCUUCCAUCGCGUCUACCUCUCUCGCACCCAUCAUCAUUCCUGAUCCAUCGGGCAUGGGUGCACCCAUCGUCGUCGACGAUCUGGGCUUAAUCCAACCGACGGAACAUCUCGUCCCCAUCUACGAGGACAUCAAACCAACGGAAAACCUGAGAUCCGCCCGCCAAUAAUAGCAAAUUCAUAUUAAUAC